AUGGAGGCUCUCGCAGCGACUGGACCGUCCGUGUGCUCCUUGCACCAGGCUGCAGCGCAAGAUCGCCGGUCCAAGCAUGGAAGGAGGUCCCAGCAAUGGCGGAUCACUCGUCGCAAUGACGAUGCUUUUCGGCCAAGCUGCGCUACUUCCGGUACUGCAGCUGUUGCCACGUCAGCACUCCCCGUCCCACUGCAAGCCAAGCGCCUCUGGCUGGCUCCUUGCGCGGAUGCCCUCAGCGCCCCGCGUGCCGCUUCCCCGCGCCCAUCCCUCUCAGCGGAAGCACUGGCGGGCCGCACUCGUGUGCGCGCGGAAGCGCAAGCAGGCGCGGGAGCGGCGGAAGUCCCCCCACCGGAGACCAAGCUAUACGACUACGUGGUUAUUGGGAGCGGCAUUGCCGGCCUCCGAUUCGCGCUAGGCGUCGCGGCGAAGGGCACUGUAGCGGUGGUGACGAAAGCCGAGCCGCAGGAGGGCAGCACGAACUACGCGCAGGGCGGCGUGAGCGCGGUCCUCGAUCCGCUAGAUUCGAUCGAGAAUCAUAUCUCGGAUACGAUCGUGGCGGGCGCGUAUUUAAAUGACGUGGAAGUCGUGGAGGUGGUUUGCCGCGAGGGCCCGGAGCGCGUUCGCGAGCUGAUGCGCAUGGGCGCAAGCUUCGACCGCGGGGAUGACGGGCGGCUGCUGCUUGCGCGCGAGGGGGGGCACUCGCACUCGCGGAUCGUUCACGCGGCGGACGUGACCGGGCGGGAGAUUCAGCGCGCGCUGCUGACGGCCGCGCAGAAGACGAAGCGGAUCGACAUGUUUGAACACCACAUGGCGAUCGACCUUCUCACGCGACAGGAGGACGGCAGGCAGAGCAGGUGCUACGGCGUGGAGGCGCUGGACACGGAGACGGGGCAGAUCAUCCGCUUUAUAGCGGGAUCCACACUGCUCGCUACAGGGGGGGCAGGCCACGUGUACCCCAACACCACCAACCCCACGGUGGCAACUGGGGACGGUGUAGCUCUGGCUUUGCGUGCAGGCGCUGUCAUCUCAAACAUGGAGUUCAUCCAGUUCCAUCCAACAGCCCUUGCGGACGCGGGUCUGCCCAUCCAACCCCCAGGGCCGCGCCCCAACUCCUUCCUCAUUUCCGAAGCUGUUCGAGGGGCAGGCGGGCUGCUGUACAACCAAGCGGGAGAGCGCUUCAUGCUUCACUAUGACCCGCGGGCAGAGCUCGCCCCUCGCGACGUGGUCGCCCGGUCCAUUGACGACCAGCUGAAGCGCCGCGGCGAUCUGUUCGUCUAUCUCGACAUCAGCCACAAACCGACGGACGAGAUCCUCCGGCACUUCCCGAACAUCGCGGCAGAAUGCAAGCGGUGGGGGGUGGAUAUUACCAAGGACCCGAUCCCAGUUGUCCCCGCCGCGCAUUACAUGUGCGGGGGGGUCCAAACGGGGCUGUUUGGGGAGACUUCGAUCCGGGGGUUGUGGGCGGCGGGGGAGGUGGCGUGCACGGGUCUCCAUGGGGCGAAUCGUCUGGCAUCGAAUUCGCUGCUGGAAGCGCUGGUGUUUGCGCAGAGAGCAGUCGAGCCGGCAAUUGAACAUGCGGUGGCUGCUGCGCCGCUGAAUCAUGUGCUUGCGGGGUUGCCUGAUGGGAGGGAUAUGGAUGGGGCGAUGUGGAAGGGGGAGGAGUGGGAGGGCGAGGUGGAAGGGGAGGGGGAGGAGGUGAAGGUGGUGGGGUUGAGCAAGGGGGAUUCAGGAGCGGUUGCUGCUGCUGGAGUGACUGCCAAGUACAGGGAGCAACUUAAGGCUAUUAUGUGGCGCUACGUCGGCAUUGUCCGAUCCACCGACCGUCUCCGAAUAGCCCAGAGGGAAAUCGACAUGCUGGCGUCCUCCUGGCGAGCUGACCUGGAGACCAAUGUGCUGCUGCCACGUGGCGCCGUCUCAAUGGAGACGUGCGAGAUGGAGAAUCUGAUCAAUGUCGCGUCUCUGGUCUUCAAGCAGUGGCUUCAGCCGCCGAACCUGGUUCAUCUUGCCUGCGCGGCCACGGCAGAGCUGAUCGGAACCAUGUUCUUCGUCUUCGUUGGCGUGGGGUCAGUGACCGUCUCAAGUGAAUUCGUUCAGGGACUGGAUGUGACCCGCAUACUCUCCAUUGGCAUCGCACACGGUCUUGCUCUCGUGGUUGCUGUGGGGGCUGCAUCAGGGAUUUCAGGGGGACACAUCAAUCCAGCUGUCACACUUGGCAUGCUAGCAGUGGGCCUCGUUGACGUCAUCACAGCAGCAGCCUACGUGGCAGCGCAGCUGAUAGGCGCUGUGUUCGGUGCUGGUCUUGUUAAGGCAAUAACUCCUGCCAGUACGCAUGACGCUCUUGGUGCACACGUGCUCGGUGCCGGGGUCUCUGUAGGCCAAGGCGUCCUCACUGAAAUCAUUCUCACAGCCAUUCUAGUCUACGCAGUCUUUGCUACUGCUGUCGACCCCAAGGGUCCGUCCCACCUCGCUCCGAUGCUGAUUGGUUUUGCCGUGCUUGUGGAUCACAUAGUGGGUGUUCCUCUAACGGGAGCCUCCAUGAAUCCAGCCCGUUCCUUCGGCGCUGCUGUCUGGUCGAAUGUGUGGGAGAACCAUUGGAUUUAUUGGGUUGGUAGUAUAAUUGGUGCUUGUGUUGUUAGUGUGGCGUACUGCCUGGUGUUUCUGGUGCCUAGGGAGUAUGGGGAUAAGGUGAAGGCUUUGAGUCCUAGGGCUAGCAAUGCCCGCCAGGAUGAGACCAAUGUUAGUAUUACUGUCUCGUAA